AUGGUCGAUUUAAAACAUUUGUGUACAAUAUGUGCACUUUUAUUCGGCCUAGGCGAGGCUGGAAAAGUGCUUGUAUACAGUCCAGCAAUUAGCAGAAGUCAUCUGAUUUCGAAUGGAAGAAUUGCGGAUGCGCUGGUGGAUGCCGGCCACGAAGUUGUAAUGCUCAUAGUAGAAUAUGAAAAGCUGACUUCGUUCACGGGUACAAAAAAAGCGAAAGUGAUCAAGAUGGAGGGAAUUUCGAAUAAGUUCAUGGAAGAUAUGGAAGGUGUUAGCGAGCAUAUGCUAACUCACAAUCGGUUAGGUUUCAUUGAAAGAGCAUUCUUUGAAGUGACACUUAACGAGAUGUGUGAUGCCAUCUUACAACACAGAGAUCAAUUAGAGCAAUUGAGAAAAUACAAUUUUGAUGUGGCAUUUAGUGAGCAAAUUGAUUUGUGCGGCGUCGGUGUUAUUAGAUAUUUGGGCAUUGAAAACCAUCUCUGGAUCUCGACAACUCCUAUUAUGGAUGCAGUGAGCUACAAUCUUGGAAUUCCCCAACCAACUUCCUAUGUUCCAACAGUCGAAGAAAAUGAUAACGGAGAUGUGAUGAGCUUUAGCCAACGAUUAUUCAAUUUGUAUAUGUACUUCGGCACAAUUGCAGUCCACCGGUUUGGAACUGAUCGAACAACUGAAAUAUUCCGAAAGUAUGUUCCCGAUUUUCCAAAUGUUCGUGAGAUUGCUGCAAAUUCUUCGCUUUGCUUCGUAAAUUCUGACGAGGUUCUUGAUUUUCCUCGGCCGACCAUAUCGAAAACAAUAUUCAUCGGAGGACUCGGUGUUCCGAAUGAUGUCAAACCACUUGAUGAGAAAUUUACAAAAAUUAUGUCAAAAGGCAAGAAAGGUGUUGUGGUGGUUUCGCUGGGUUCGAUUGUCGAUUUUCGAGCGUUGCCUAAUCAUGCCAAAUUUGGAAUUUUAAAGGCUAUCGAAGAGAUGAGCGAUUAUCACUUUUUAGUCAAAAUUAAUACGGAUGACAAAGAAACGAGCGACCAAUUUACCGCGGUGAAAAACGUCGAUUUUGUUACUUGGCUUCCACAAGUUGAUCUUCUUGCGCAUCCUCGUCUUAAAUUAUUUGUGAUGCAUGGAGGCAUAAAUGGAUUGAUUGAGACAGCUCUUCGCGCGGUUCCAAUGGUCGUCAUUCCAAUUUUCGCUGAUCAAUUCCGAAACGGGCGAAUGGUUGAGAAACGCGGAAUCGGAAAGGUUCUCUCAAAAUUGGACAUUAACUAUGAAAACUUCAAAUCAACUGUUGAACAUGUCUUAAAUACUCCAACGUAUAAAGAAAAUGCAAUUAGAAUAGCUGAAAUGAUGCGAAAUAAACCAUUUUCUCCAGAAGAGCGUCUUGUCAAAUGGACACAGUUCGCAAUUGAGAAUGGGGUCCUUGAAGAACUGCAUGUCGAAGGAUCGCGUAUGAAUUCGAUUGUUUAUUUCAAUCUCGAUGUGUUUGCUUUCGUUUUUUCUGUCAUAUUUCUUGCUGAGCUGGCUGAGGAGCUGGCUGAGGAGCUGGCUGGGAGCAUGAUGGCGUGCAGGAAGUCUGGCAAGAUCGCUGGCACUGCGAUCCGGAAUUUUGGCACUGUCGACCACAGCUCUGCUCACAAGCCGAAGCACAUUGAGAAACCGGCACUUGGAUGA